AUGGAUGGAGUCCAUGUGCAGCAGCUCCUGUCGCUGACGACCAUCAUCCACGAGCCGGAUGACGACCACAGUGCGAAGACGCACUACACUGCGAUCAAGUCGUUCUUGGCCUUGUACAAGAAGGCCAUUAAGCAAUGUGUCUUCUUUGUGGGCGACAACUGCGGCGUCAACAAGUUAGCCGCGCUUAUGUCCGUGUCGUUGAUUGGCUGCGCCAGCCACCGAUUGAAUCUUGCGGUCAAGGCGUACACGCAGGAGCAUGUGGAUGAGCUCGCCAAGAUACAACAGCUGAUGAUCAAGCUGCGAACACUCAACCAGGCCUCCAAACUCCUGUAA